AUGAGAAUCUUCUCGUCAUCGUACACCUUCGACUAUUCCUGGGAAGAGGUCAGCACCAACAAUUGGCGCAAAUACUGCCCGUGGAACGACAAAGCUUCGCACGUGUUGGCCGUCGAUACCGUCUCGCGCCACAUUGACUCUGAAACGGGGAUCCUUUGCACCGAGCGCCUCAUAACAUGCCGACAGAAUGCACCGCAAUGGAUCUUGACUAUUCUCGGGGGUGACACCACCAGCCAUGUUUACGAGGUGUCUUAUGUGGAUCCGGUAGCGAAGAAGGUCACCAUGUGCAGCACCAACAUGACCUGGUCAAAUCUCCUCGAAUGUCGCGAGACAGUGACAUAUCAGCCCUCAGCCAACGACACGGCUGCAAAGACAGACUUCAAGCAGGAGGCCAAGAUCGUUGCCCUCUGUGGUGGGUGGCAAAAAAUUCGCAGCAAGAUUGAGGAGGUCAGCAUAGAGAGGUUCCGAGAAAAUGCGGCUCGAGGACGAGAGGGGUUUGAAAUGGUCCUCGAAAUGUCUCGGAGGGUAUUCGGUGAGGAGAAGGAGAAGCUUCGACUGGGACAAGAGGCUACCGUAUAA